AUGGGUGCUAUUAUUGAGCACCCAGGCUCGACUGCCGAACAGCUUGACCUGAUCAGCAGCAAAGACACCGAAAAAAUCAAGUCUUGGACAGGUUCUCUCCCACCAAAAACGGACAGUUGCGUCCACCACCUCAUCACUCGACGACGCAAGGAUCAGCCGGACUACCCAGCAAUCUCGGCAUGGGAUGGAAAUGUCACAUACGCAGAGCUGGAUGAUAUGUCAUCACGCUUGGCCAAGCACUUAUCCCGUAUGGGCGCUCAGCCGAAGCAGAGGAUUCCACUGAUAUUCGAAAAGUCGAAGUGGGCGAUUAUUGCAAUGCUCGGUGUCAUGAAGACUGGCGCCGCCUUCUUCUUUCUUGACCCCUCCUACCCGAAGACUCGACUCAGGACAAUUGUGAAGAGCACUCAGGCGCAGAUCAUUGUUUCUUCAGCGGCACAAAGACAAAUAGCGGCCUCUUUGGUAAAACAAGUUGUUUGCGUGGAUGACUCUCAGGAUUUCUGGUCAACUCACAACACUUCAGACUGGUCUUACGAAGAAAGCCAUCCGACAGAUCCAUUGUACAUCGUCUUCACCAGCGGAUCCACUGGAACACCCAAAGGCGUCUUGGUAGAGCAUUUCGCAUUUGCAACGCGAGCGAAUGUUGCGGGUCCACUAUUGCGACUUAACGAGAGGCCGCGGGUGCUACAGUUCUCAUCUUUUGUCUUUAGCGCUGCUCAUACCGAUAUUCUCACUGCACUUAUCUGGGGCGCGUGUUUAUGCGUGCCAUCCGAAAUGGAGCGGAAGAACAAUCUUUCAUCGUUCAUGUCGUCUUACGACAUCUCAUGGGCUGCUCUUACUCCAACCAGUCUGAAGGUUCUGACACCCUCAGACGUGCCAUCCUUGAAGUUUCUUGCACUCCAAGGAGAAGCAGUUCACCCCUCAUGUCUCAAGAAAUGGGCCUCCCAUGCGCAGAUCGUGUCCCUGUAUGGGCUCAGUGAGGGGAUGGGUGCUACUAUCCUGCAACCGCAGCUUACAAGUCAUAUGAAUCCGCUCAACAUCGGGCAUCCUGUCGCGGGUAGGGUGUGGCUGACACACAUCAAUGAUCGCAACAAGUUGGUCCCUGUUGGAGUCGUUGGUGAAAUCGUACUCGAAGGACCUGCUUUAGCCAGAGGCUACAUCGCAGCUUCUGGGAACGACAACGCCAGAUUCCUGACGUCUACAGCAUGGUUUCGUGCAUGUGGAAAGCUCGAUCAAACUCGUCUCUACAAAACAGGGGAUCUCGGAAGAUACGAUGCAGUCGACGGGACGAUCGUCUACGCCGGGAGGAAGGACAUAACGCAGAUAAAAGUUCAUGGUCAAAUGGUCGAUUUGCAAGAGGUUGAAAUAAGACUCAAAGAAAUUUUACGAGACAUGCAAUCGGAGCCGGCGCAGGCCUUAGUCACGGCGGUACUCCUCGCUGGAGAGGCGACACCAAGGAUAUUGGCAUGCAUCGAGAUACCAAAAGUUGCAUGUUGCGACAAGACUGACCUAACUUGUCCGCCCCAGCUUAUUCCUCUGUCGUGGAGGCACUUGAAAGAAAGACUGGCCACUUUGUUGCCGGCCUUUAUGGUCCCUUUCACCUUCAUACCGAUCACGCACAUACCGCAAACCCUUACAGGCAAACGAGAUAAUAAGGGCAUCCAAGAGAGGCUCAUGAAAUUGAGCCUCGUCGACCUUCAAGCUUACAAUCUCGUAGACGGAAAGAACGGAGCGCCAAUUGGGAGAUCGGAGAUUGAAUUACGGUCAUUAUGGGAACGCGCUUUAGAUCAGAAAGACAUUGCAAUAGGCCGGCAGAGCAAUUUCUUCGAGCUCGGCGGCGACUCCGUUGCGGCCAUGGUACUAGCCGGCCUGGCCCGAGGCCAUGGAAUUCGUCUCUUGGUUGAGAACAUCUUACAGAGUCCGGUCCUUUGCGAUCAGGCCAAGCUUAUAUCUUCCAGCGAGGCAUUGGUCGAGCGGAGUCAUGGUGCACGGAAUUCUAUACCUGCAUUUUCGUUGGUUACAGACGAGACUCACAAAGCGAUUCUGGACAUAAUGCAGCAGCAGCACGGGCUUGCCGCUGAUCAGAUCGAGGACUGUUAUCCCUGUACAGCGAUCGGAGAAGCAAUGGCUGUUGAGACUCUGAAAUCCGCGCAAGCCUUCGUUUCGCAGACUAUAUUUCGCCUUCGCGAAGACACAUGCGAGGAAAAAUACUUUGCGGCAUGGGAGAAGGUCAUGAAAUGUAACCCAGGUCUUCGUGCCAGAAUAUUUCAGACCAGUCAAGGCAUGUUCCAGGCGAUUAUGCAAUCACAUCAUUUGAGCUGGUCUAGGAGUGACGAGCUGGACAAAUACCUGGUGGAAGACAAGUCGGUGGAAAUGAACAUCAGCAGCCCUUUGGUCCGAUUCGCAUUCAUCAAAAAUGGUUCAGAGGCCCCAUACUGCGUACUAACUAUGCAUCAUGCUGUAUUCGACCUCUGGUCUUUGAGACUAGUCGUGAAACAGGUGGCCGAUGUCUACAGUGGAUUUGAUAUACCUACCACGCCAUUUUCUCCUUUCGUUCAGUACAUCACAAACAGACGACAGGAGUCCAGGGCUUUCUGGACCUCGAGGCUAAAAGGCUACGAAGCCACGACAUUUCCGCGGAUUCCACCUGGGAUUGGCAGGCCUUCGCCUCGACAUCUCACUGAAACAAUUGACAUCGCGGACCGCAAUGGACAUUUCCGGCAUGUGACAUUGUCGAACCUCGCUCGAGCGGCCUGGGCGAUUACUAUUUCACACUCCUUAGGCACUGAGGAAAUAUGUUUCGGUGCAGUAGUCAAUGGACGAGGGGCUGAUUUGGCGGGUGUCGAUCGAAUGACAGGUCCUACGCUUGCUACAGUUCCGGUUCGAAUGCUGCUACCCCGGUCAGCUGUCAUUCGUGACAUUGUAGAGAAUUUCCAAAAAGAUGCCGUCGAGGCUAUUCCAUACGAACAGCUCGGCUUGGCUGAAAUUACCCAGCUAGGUGAUGGGGCUCGUGCGGCUUGCUCUUUUCAAUCUCUUCUUGUCGUCCAGGGCAAGACUGAGAUCGAGCCCUCUCAUCUAAUGCAAUCGAUCGGAGACAUGAGACUCGAACAACUCAAAGCUUUUGGAACCUACGCAAUGACGUUGGUUUGCCAAACACACGAAGAUGGGAGAUCUCUCGGCGCUCAAAUUUUGUUUGAUGACAGAAUCGUCUCGACGUCGUCCGCCCAAGGAUAUCUCGAGCACUUUGCUCAUGCUUUUGCCUCCAUCACCUCGCAUCCAGAUACAACAAUCGCUUCUGUACCUUCCAUAACGACGCAGGACCUCGCCAAAAUACAGUGCUGGAAUAGCUCCAUACCAAAAGCGGAGCAUCGCCGUAUACACGACUUUGUGCUUAAACACUGCAAUUCCAUCCCUGCUGCUGACGCUGUCUAUGCCUGGGACGGAUCUUAUACUUACCAUGAUCUUUGGAUGAGGUCAUGCGAGUUGGCGCAUGUACUGAUUGACAAAGGAGUGACUGCGUCGGAUAUUGUCCCUAUAUGCAUGACGAGGAGCAAGCUGGUGCCUGUUGCAAUGCUUGCAGCAGGAAUAGCAGGCGCAUCGUUUACACUUCUGGACAUUUCGCACCCAGUGGCACGAAUUCAUACGCUGCUUAAGCUCAUCGAUGCAAAGUUGGUGGUUUCGGAAUCUUCUUGCUCGAAGAUGGACGCACUCCAAGAAAUUAUCCCAGUCGUCGACUGUGGUCUUGAUGUGAGCACGAUUAGGGCAAUGUCGCCCGAGUCCCAGGACGCGACUGAGCGCCUUUAUGUUGCCUGGACGUCAGGCUCGUCAGGGACACCCAAGGGAGCGAUGGUCUCGCAUGGGUCUUUCAUCGCCGCUGCUUCCUCGUACUUGGAACCAUUCCGGUUGGAUCGAGGAUCCAGAUUUCUUCAGCUAUCGUCUCACGCCUUUGACGGAAGUAUCCUAGAGACCUUCGCCACAUUCAUGGCGGGCGGAUGUAUUUGCAUUCCAUCCGAGCACGAUCAGCAAAACCUGCUUAGUGCCACAAUCAACGACUUGCGUAUCAGCCAUCUCUUGAUCCCGCCCACACGAGCCCGACUACUGCAGCCGCGAGAUCUGCCCUCAGUCCAGACUGUGAUUUUGGGAGGGGAGGCGGUAAAUAGGAAGGACAUCCGUACGUGGAAGGAUAGCUGUCAUCUGGUCAUUGCAUAUGGACCUGCUGAAUGCUCCAUUGUCUCAACGGUCCAAGAGUGUCCUGAGGAGGAGGAUGAAAUGUCCAUCGGUAACGCCGUCAGCGGAGCAUGCUGGAUCGUAGAUCCCACUGAUCAUAAUAUCCUGAUGCCCAUCGGCUCGAUUGGCGAGCUCGUCGUUGAGGGGCACAAUGUAGGCCUGGGUUAUUUGCAUGAUCCCAUCAAAACACGGACCAGUUUCGUUGAAUAUCCCAAAUGGCUUCAACAGUUGCGAAACGGCACAAGGACGCGCUUGUAUAAGACUGGAGAUCUUGUUCAGUACUACUCAAAAGAUCGUAUGCGAUACAUCGGCCGGAAAGACGAGCAGAGAAAGUUGAAUGGGAUGCGCAUCGAGUUGGCUGAGGUUGAAAGAUCACUUUACGAAGAGAUUUUGAAUUCUACCAUCGUGCGAACCGUUGUGGUUGAAUUGAUUGAGCCUUCGGUCGAAGACGGGAGACUCAUCAUGGCUGCCUUCAUGGAACUUGAUCCAAAUUCGACGGAUUCGCGGCUAUUGAAUGGAAACGUGCCACACCUGUUGAGACCGUCCGAGGAGUUUCGAUCCCUUUGUUCGUACGCACGCUCGAGACUCAUGGGGCGACUACCCAGACACCUUGUCCCAGCAGUAUUCCUACCCUUAAACUCCAUGCCUCGAACAGAGUCGCAGAAAGUCAGUAGGGGGAAGUUGAAGGAUCUCUGCUCUCUACUCUCGGAGAGCGAGUGGAGCUUGUACACCCGCUUGACCACUCGCGAGGUCUGUCGUCCAUCUACGGAAAAGGAGAUCCUUUUGCACAAACUCAUUACGAAAGUCCUCAGAACUGAGGAUGUUGAGAUGAGCGACAUAUUCACCCAGCUAGGCGGAGAUUCGAUUGCAGCUAUGCGACUGAGUGCGUUGGCGCGUGAGCACUGUCAGCUGUUGACAGUAGCCGAGAUUCUCUCCCACAUUCAACUGUUCAAGCUCGCGGCUAAAAUGCAAGACAUCUGGAACGAGCAAUACAAGGUGCCACAUUUUGGACUGCUUGAGAAUAGCGAGCACGAUAACUUGCUAGCUGAAGCCAGUCAGGCCUGCAGCAUACCACAAGAGGAUAUUGAAGAUGUGUACUCGUGUACAUCAUUUCAGGAGCAAAUCUUCGAGUACAGCGUCGCGAAGCCCGGGUCAUAUGUGGGAUUCUUCGAGUAUCAACUAUCAGAGACAGCUGAUAUUAGCCGCUGGAAAGCAGCAUGGCGUGCUGUCUACGACGCAAACCCGAUACUGCGGACUCGAAUCUUCACGUCAGGUGGAAGAACUUUCCAAGUAGUCCUGCGGAGUGACUUUCAUUGGACUACUAUCGACGCAGCUAAUGUUCUAGAAAUUCCACGAGUCAGCUGCGGGAAACCACUAUCAUACCUCAGAGUCGUCGAGUCACCGAACAAUGUUACCACUCUUGUCUUUGUGGUACACCACGCGCUGUAUGAUGGCUGGACGCUGCCUGUGAUAUCGCAUCAAGUGGAGUCUGCAUUGCUCGGACACAAAUUACCCGUGCGUCAAUUUUCACCUUUUGUGAAAUACAUCCAAGAUCUCGAUGUUUCUGCGGCAGAGGAAUACUGGCGAGCGAACCUCGAAGGUUUUGGCCGAAAGCAUUUCCCGGUACUCCCGUGCGACGACUAUAUACCGGACCCAGCAGCUGAAAUGGAUCGUACGAUCCCUGUAAAGUCGUUCCCUAUUGCCAAAGCUUCAGCAGUGAAGCUUGCCUGGGCGGUAGUCAUCGCGCAUCACUCACAAUCAAAAGAUGUCGUCUUCCUGAAUUGUUCCUGGGGACGGGACGCCCAGGUCCACGAUAUCACCAAGAUCGUUGGACCGACAUUGUGUGAGUAUCCAUUCCGGUUUUCAAUCACGCUCAGCUCUACACUUCAUGAUGCAAUGCAGCACGUUGGAAAGCAAUCCCAACAAGUGCUACCAUUCCAGAAUGUCGGCUUGCGAAGUAUCUCUCGAUUCAGUGAUGAUGCUGCUGCGGCUUGCCGCAGUUCAAACUCUCUGGUCAUCCAUCCGCCUGCUGGCACAUCUGUAUCGAACAAAUGGCUUGAGUACAAAGGGCCUCGGAAACCUGAAGGACAGGCAAUCGAAGCUCUGGGUGUCAUCUUGGAGUGCUCAUUGUCCGAGUUGUCGAUUGGAGCACAUCUUGAGUAUGAUGAGCGUCUGAUUCCACAUGAGCAAGCGAAACAGAUAUUGGCUGAUCUCGAGCACGUCUUGAAGUCAAUAGAGCAGUGUGCUACUCGUGGCUCCAAUUUGGUUGUAGAUCUACUCACGAAAUAGUUCCGAAAUAUAUGACGCGGGUUCGCCUACAGAGGUCAGAAAUUCAAUAUAGCUCGAAGGUUGUUGAUGGCGACAUGCACCACCAAAAGCCCUCCAGAGACUUGUCAAAGAGAUUAGCGUAGGGUCGAAUGUGGACUCUUGUCCCCGGCAGGUGUCGAGUAUGAUGCUGUUGGCAGGUCGGCUGCAAACUCUAGCUGUGUUGCUACGAUGGUGUUGACAUGCAUGUUCCAUCCGGAAAGCAGGCUGUCUCGGUGUCGACCCGGAAGCCCAAGAUCAUCAAGCAAAGAAGUGCAUUGCAUUGCAUCGUCCGUGAAUCGAGAAUCAAAACCCUCUGUAAAUAGAAGUCGCGAGAAGACUCUUAGACUGAAGUAUCGAGCGACC